UGGAAAGGGGUCGUCCUGGUAAUAGAGCUGUCCCCAAAAACACUCAGUUCGUUGCAAUAAUGACAUUUUGUUGUGCUAUUGAUAUUCAAUCUUUACGAUUAAUCAGUUCAAAAUUUGGUGGAUUCGAAUCAUUUUCUUCCGAGUUUUCUUCCGAUGGUGAGAAAAUUAUUGCUUGGACCUCCGUUAUCAAUAUAUUGAUUGAAGAUAUUCCUCAAUUUAUUAUUCAGAUACAAUAUAAAACAAUGACGUCCGGGUACCAAUUUGUGCCAUUUGCGAGUCUGAUAUUAAGUUGCUGUGUUUUGGCGACUUCACUAGAACGUUUAUUCUAUGCUGUAGACAGAGGCCCUUGUACUCGUGAUUGUUUUACUUUUAAAAGGAAUCAACCAAUUGCACAAAAUGAUGAUAAUAACUUUGCAAGGGAUUGGGUACAAGAAUAG